CUCCCUCUUAACUGGUUCUGCGCCCCGCGCGCCCCGACCAAAGCUCGGCUCCUCCCCACAAUCUUCGAAAAAAAACCCGAACCCUCCUCAGUGGGUCUUCUUUGUCGACACGGGGCUGCCUGGCCCGGAGUUUACCAAUCGCUAUCUCAUCAGCCUCGUCAACCUGCCAGAUAACAAGGUUACAAAGCCUAAGCACCAAUUAUGCAACGCAAUUCGGAUUGAUCACAAGAGUCAUGAUGAGCCAGAACAGACGUGUAGCCUCCAAACCCAAAUCGGACCCCGCCAUGUGGGUUACUACGACUCUCCGAGCCUGGGCAACUCAUGGCUGAUUCCAAAGCAACGCGGACUCGAUCCGCCACCGGAAGUUGCCGUCUUGCCGUUUAAGGACAUCAAAUCCCCACAUCCUCGAGCCAGUCACUGAGCCAGUAGCCAGCCGCGGGCUCUGGGCAAAGGUGCACGCUCCGGGGUUUUCCCGCAUGGCGGGCACUAUUUCCAUCUGGCCUGCAUGCACAAUCGAUGGUCACGUUGGGUUUCCGACAUGCUGAAUCCAUGAAUCAAGUCAAGAUCAACGCAUGCACGCCCUAUCCCGAUCGUUGACAUGUCCACCGCUAGUUUCUCAUGGUCGAAUUGUCUAGACAUUAUACCCCGGCCUCUCCACCACAUCCCCGGAACCAUGUCUAGGCGGGGCCGAUGUGGGCACAUGGCAUAGGUCCGUGAUUUCGAAGAAUUAAUUCGGACUUCGGGGUUUACGCUACGGAGUAUGGACCGUUUUAGCCUGGCGGGCUUGGCUUCAUGUCAAUUUUUUACGUUUUUUUCCCUUCGAGGUUCUUCUCCUUCCUAUUCACAUAUCUGGAUCUGAUUCGGCUUGCCCAAACCCUCCCACUCAGUACACCUAUUCUGGUCGACUUCUUUCGGACUGCGCAGGCCUUGCAAAAGUUACUGGUGCUGGGGGUUGAGCUGUUGAAAGUCACUACUUUAAUCAAUUCUUUAUCGGUUGCAUGCCUCCUUAUUUCUUGUUGUAAAUGAUGAGCACCAUGGAUGACAAGUCGCCAACGGGCGACGCGAGUACGAGUUCGGACACUGAUUCCCGUCGCUCAAGCAACAACUAUGAGCAAGGCCGGGAAGAGCUUCGCAUUUCUAACCCACAAGGCAUGACAAUGACUCAGGACGGUGUUGAUGUUGAAAAGGCCCAGUUUGAAUUCUCGGAGCUCAACAGACAAUUUUCCAGUAUUUCGCAUCAAGCUCGUAGACUGUCAAAACAGGCAUCCCGGGCCUCGAAGCCCACUGCCACCUUGGAAGACGUUGAAAAGGCUGGAAGCUCGGCCGACUCGGAGGAACCAUGGGACCUGGAGACAACCCUAAGAGGCAACCGAGCCGCAGAGGAGGAAGCGGGGAUCAAAGACAAACAUAUCGGCGUCAUCUGGGACAAUCUCACAGUUCGCGGCAUCGGCGGCGUGAAGACGUUCAUAAAAACCUUCCCCGAUGCGAUUAUUGAUUUCUUCAACUUCCCCGAGACCAUCAUGCAGAUGCUGGGCUAUGGAAAUAAAGGCAAAGAGUACAAUAUCCUGGAGGGCUUCCGAGGUCUGACGAAACCUGGAGAGAUGGUGCUGGUCCUCGGACGACCGGGUUCUGGGUGCACCACAUUUCUCAAAGUCAUCGCGAAUCAGCGGUUUGGGUACACCGGUGUCGAUGGGGAGGUUCUGUAUGGUCCUUUUACAUCCGAGGAAUUUGCAAAGAGAUUCCGAGGCGAGGCUGUAUACAACCAAGAGGAUGAUAUCCACCAGCCCACUUUGACCGUCAAACAAACGCUUGGGUUUGCGCUAGACACGAAGACCCCCGGGAAGCGACCCCAUGGUGUGUCCAAGGCCGAAUUCAAGGAAAAAGUCACCAAUAUGCUGCUGCAUAUGUUCAACAUUGCGCACACUGCCAAUACUGUCAUUGGAAACCAGUUUAUUCGCGGCGUAAGUGGUGGCGAGAGACGGCGAGUUAGUAUCGCGGAAAUGAUGAUUACUAGUGCUACAGUCUUGGCCUGGGACAACUCCACUCGAGGUUUAGAUGCCUCGACGGCGCUGGACUUUGCAAAGUCACUUCGCAUAUUGACCAAUAUCUACAAGACUACAACCUUCGUUUCGCUCUAUCAGGCAUCCGAGAACAUCUAUAAGCAAUUUGACAAGGUCCUUGUCAUUGACAGCGGCCGCCAAGUUUUUUUCGGCCCUACGGACAAAGCUCGUGCAUACUUUGAGGGACUAGGCUUCCGAGAAAAACCUCGCCAGACAACCCCCGACUACUUGACUGGCUGCACUGAUCCCUUUGAGCGGGAAUUCCGAGAUGGAAGGAGCGCCGAGGACGUGCCUUCAAACCCCCAGGCCCUGGUGGAAGCCUUUGAGAAGUCUUCAUUCAGCACGCAGCUCCAGGAAGAGAUGCAGGCGUACCGCUCGCAGGUUCAACAGGAAAAUCAGGUCUACAAUGACUUCGAAAUUGCCAACCUAGAAGCCAAACGCAAAUUCACGUCCAAGUCCUCUGUCUACUCUAUUCCUCUUUAUCUUCAAAUCUGGGCCCUGAUGCAACGGCAGUUCUUGAUCAAAUGGCAAGACAAGUUCGCUUUGACUGUGUCCUGGAUUACAUCUACCGGUAUUGCAAUUAUUCUUGGCACUGUGUGGCUGAAACAGCCCGAGACCAGUGCCGGUGCUUUCACACGUGGCGGUCUCCUGUUUAUCAGUCUACUGUUCAAUGGCUUCCAGGCUUUCUCUGAGCUUGCGGGUACUAUGAUCGGUCGAUCCAUCGUCAAUAAGCACCGGUCAUUCACGUUCUAUAGACCAACUGCACUCUUUAUUGCUCAAAUCAUUGUCGAUACAACUUUUGCCAUUGCACGAAUCCUGAUAUUUGCCAUCAUUGUCUACUUUAUGUGUGGCCUUGCUCUUGAUGCGGGUGCAUUUUUCACCUUCGUCUUGAUCAUUCUUACCGGAUACGUCUGCAUGACUGUUGUUUUCAGAACGAUUGGCUGUCUCUGUCCCGACUUUGAUUAUGCCAUGAAGUUUGCUGCAGUGAUUAUCACUCUAUUUGUCUUGACUUCUGGCUAUCUCAUUCAAUGGGCCAGCGCACAAGUCUGGCUGAGGUGGAUCUACUAUCUCAAUCCGUUUGGUCUCGGCUUUGCAUCGCUCAUGGUCAAUGAGUUCAGCCGCCUGACAAUGACUUGUACAAAGGACUCCUUAGUGCCAAGUGGCUCCGGCUAUACUGACAUUGCUCACCAGGUGUGCACUCUUGCGGGUGGUGAGCCGGGAUCCGCCAUCAUUCCGGGCUCGAACUACCUAUUGUCUACCUUUAGUUACGCAAAGAGCGAUCUUUGGCGGAAUUUUGGAAUUAUGCUUGCUCUGAUUGCAGCUUUCCUGGCUUCCAACCUGUAUCUUGGCGAGACUGUCCAAUUUGGCGCUGGUGGCAAGACAAUUACAUUCUUCCAGAAGGAGAAUAGUGAACGCAAGGAACUUAACCAGGCUUUGGAAACCAGAAAAGCAAACCGGCAAGCCAAGACAGCGGACACGGGAGCUAACCUGAAAAUCAGCUCGACCUCGGUCUUUACCUGGGAAGACGUCUGCUAUGAAGUACCAGUUCCAUCUGGAACUCGGCAACUGCUGAAUUCCGUUUACGGAUACGUUCAGCCCGGCAAACUGACUGCUCUGAUGGGCGCAUCCGGGGCUGGAAAGACCACACUGUUGGACGUUCUAGCCGCCCGAAAGAACAUUGGUGUUGUCUCCGGCGAUAUCCUGGUUGACGGCCAAGCCCCUGGAACGGCCUUCCAGCGAGGUACAUCCUAUGCUGAGCAGCUGGAUACUCACGAAGCAAUGGCAACCGUCCGAGAAGCUCUGCGCUUCUCCGCCGAUCUGCGUCAGCCAUUUGAAACGCCACGGUCGGAAAAGUACGAGUAUGUCGAAGAGAUCAUCAGCCUGCUCGAGUUGGAGAACUUGGCGGAUGCAAUUAUUGGAACCCCCGAGACCGGCCUUUCUGUUGAAGAACGGAAGAGGGUCACCAUCGGUGUUGAGCUGGCAGCCAAGCCUGAGCUUUUGCUGUUCCUUGAUGAGCCUACCUCUGGCCUAGAUAGUCAGUCUGCGUUCAAUAUUGUUCGAUUCUUGAAGAAACUCGCGGCGGCUGGCCAGGCUAUCCUCUGUACCAUUCAUCAGCCCAACUCUGCUCUCUUCGAGAACUUUGAUCGCCUGCUGCUUCUUCAGAAGGGUGGCGAGUGUGUCUACUUUGGAGACAUUGGCCCUGACUCUCACGUCUUGCUGGACUACUUCCGUCGCAACGGUGCUGAUUGUCCCCAUGAUGCUAACCCGGCUGAGUGGAUGCUUGAUGCCAUCGGUGCAGGCCAAACACGACGCCUCGGUGACCGCGACUGGGGUGAUGUGUGGCGUACUUCGCCGGAGCUUGAGGGAAUCAAGAAGGAGAUUGUUCAAAUCAAGUCAGAUCGGGCCCAGGCCGUCAUCCAGACGGCUCACCAAGGUCAGAACAUGGUCGAAAAAGAGUAUGCCUCUCCUCUGUGGCACCAGGUCAAGGUUGUCGGACGACGGACCCAUCUCUCUUUCUGGCGAUCUCGGAACUACGGGUUUACUCGGCUAUUCACUCACGUCGUUAUCGCCGUCAUCACCGGUCUGGCAUUCCUGAACCUCGAUGACUCUCGAUCCUCGCUUCAAUAUCGAAUCUUUGUCAUCUUCAACGUCACAGUGCUUCCCGCGAUCAUCCUUCAACAAGUCCAGCCUAAGUACGACAUGUCACGACUAAUCUUCUACCGUGAGUCUGCAUCCAAGACAUACAGUCAAUUCGCCUUUGCGUUCUCCAUUGUCAUGGCGGAGCUUCCAUACAGCAUCAUCUGUGCUGUCUGCUUCUUCUUGCCUUUGUACUACAUCCCAGGCUUUCAAUCAGCGAGCAGUCGUGCCGGAUACCAAUUCUUCAUGGUCCUUAUUACCGAGAUUUUCGCCGUGACCUUAGGCCAAAUGAUCUCGGCUCUGACACCCAACAGCUUCAUUGCAUCGCAACUCAAUCCCCCGGUUGUGAUCAUAUUCUCGCUCUUCUGCGGCGUCGCCAUUCCCAAACCCCAGAUGCCAAAAUUCUGGCGUUCUUGGCUCUACCAGCUUGACCCGUUCACUCGCUUGAUUGGCGGCAUGGUUGUUACGGAACUUCACGGACGCCCUGUUCAGUGCUCUGCUGGUGAAUUGAACUCGUUCCAAGCACCGGCUAAUCAGACCUGUGGCGAAUAUAUGCAGCCGUUCUUUGAGCGCGGGGGUAAUGGGUAUCUCCUCGAGAAUGCGACGCAGGCGUGCAAGUAUUGCGCGUAUAAGAUUGGAGAUGAGUUCUAUUCGGCUUUCAGCAUGGAUUUUGAUAACCGGUGGCGCGAUCUGGGCAUUUUCCUCGCGUUUGUGGGGUCGAAUCUGAUUAUUUUGUUCUUCGCGUCUCGGUUCUUGAACUUCAACCGAAGAUAGACGGUUGCAGGGUGAGACCAGAGAAGGGUACGAUCGGGAACCCAUCCAUUUUGGGAAAAUAAAAAAACACACUGCAUAUCUCGUAAUAGGAGGCAUAAGGAGAGGUUUCAACACGAAAGAAAAAGUUGGGGAUACUCUGCGAUGAAGAAAAAAAAGCUCCUGUCGCUUUCAUCCUUCCUAUUUCGGCUUAGUAUAUCCAUUGCUUUAAUAUAACAAAUCCGG